CGUGACAACCAACAUACAGACGCAUAUUAAUGGCAGCGUUUUCGAAUUCGACUUGAGAACGAACUCUGCAACAGAAUUGUACACAUAGAGUAGCAUAACUAAGCGAUGUUUUCCUCUAGCUUUACAGCUGUAAUUGUAAUUUCCGUCAUCACUUUAGCGUUUUCAGCAGAAAUACCGAACCUAAAACCCGGCGAUGGAGCACCUCCGUUCAUGAUUCAAGCAAGGAAGGCAGAUCAGUACGAUGCACUAGAAAUCUUAAAAUACGGAACAAACGAUUCAAACAUUCAAGGACCAAUCGUGUUUCUGGCGCACACCAAAAGAUCCGGCUUCUUGGAGAGUCUCUUGAGUGACCCAGAAUGUUUCAACAAGCUGAUAGACAUUUCACCCGAUAAUGUCAACUACGUGUUUUUGUUCUACGCCGAUUCUGCGCCAACAGCUUGCAACAAUGAAGUCAAAGCAAUGGCUGACGAGUUUGCAAACCGUUUUUAUGACGCCAUUAUCUCAUACACCAAACGCAAAAGGUACGUACACAAGUUAAUUUGGGACAAAUUUUAUCUCAAUCCCGUAAUCCCGAGGGCUUUCAUUGGCUUGUCCCGAUUCCCAAACAGCUUUCGGGAAUUUAUUUCGAGGAGCUUCUCACCCCCCACCCCCCACCCCCUCAAAGCUGAAUACAUUUAACAUCAGUGAGGACAGUUGACAUUAGGAGCUUUGGUUUCUUCAUUAAAAAUAUUACAUUUUAUUUGAGUGUCAAUUUUUGUAGCACUAAAGUGCUAAUUAAGUGUACUUUUUGUUCCUUUCCUAAUGGAGACGGGGCCGCCAUUUUACGUGAUCAUCUGAGCCACGCAAAGGUCCAGCCGUUUGCAGGUUGAAGGCAGGACCUUCGUUUCUCAGUUAUUUUAAUACCGUGAGUAUCGGUCCGGUAUAACCUCCGAUCAGGCGGUCCUUUUUCCCUUUUGUUUGGCAGGUUAGGUUCGGUCCUGUGAAUCGAACCCUCGACCUCUUGCUCUGCAGUCAAGCGCUCUACCGACUGAGCUUAUCCUGACGCGGUUUUUCUGUUCUUCCAUAUCCCAGCCGGAUGGAGUAAGGGUGGGCCGGGUUAAGGGGAUGGCUGUCCCUUCAACCAAACUACUCCAAAAAGUCUUAUAUUCAAUGCUAUGACUGCAAAUCCAAAAAAUUUUCUCCUGUUUUAAGGUAGCCUGCGGACACAGUCGUCUCGCCUCGCUUCCGCCGCCGUCUCGGCUGUAUUCUCAGGCUAGUUUUUCAGCAGAACAGACUUUUUUUUCAUAUUUCAGUUGCAGAUUGGAAAAACUGAGAUGGCCCUCCAAUCGAGUUCGCAGCCAGUUUGAUGAGUAUGAGUUUAAUGAAAGAAGCCCUCUCCCAUCAGAGUUCCAACAAAAUCACUUAUGUCCAGAAAUGCAUGCAAUGGCGAAAAUGGCGAAACUGGCGAAAAAUCGCCAGCUGCUGGCGAUUUGAAUUGGAUGCCAAAAGUGGCCCCUUGGAGGCUGGCGAUUUUGGCGAAAAUGGCGAUUUUGGCGAAAUUGGCGAUUUUGGCAAAAAUCGCCAUGUAUGCAAUGGCGAAACUGGCGAAAAAUCACCAGCCUCUGGCGAUUUGAAUUGGAUGCCAAAAGUGGCCCCUUGGAGGCUGGCGAUUUUGGUGAAAAUGGCGAUUUUGGCGAUUUUGGCAAAAAUCGCCAGAGGGCUGGCGAUAUGUGGCAAAAUAUUCAAAUUGGAUGCCAAAAGUGGCCCCUUCAAAGUAGAUAACUAAAGAGGUCCUUAUAACUGUGAGGCAACAGUACUAAAAAAAAGUUCAAAUUACUUGCCUAAUAAGAGGCCCCAAUAACUGUGAGGCAACAUUUAUCAAAUACAACUGAAUCAAAUAUAUGACAAAACAGCUUUACCUAACUUUCAAACAACAUUUUAUUAAAUACAAGUGAAUCAAAUAUAUCUGAAAACAACAAAUGGAAGUCGUUUCAGUUAAGCUAAUAUGUAUUUGUGCCAUGUACUUCACAGGUUAAGUAAACAUUUCCUUACUUUCGAUGUCGCUUGACUUACCAAAAGUGAUGUGAUGCGCUGAAAUAUCACACUAGCAUCAUUUGCUUUUGUAUGGUUCAUUCAUUUCAAAGACUUACAAGUCCACUAAUUACUCGAGGAGAGAACUACCAAGUCCUUGAAAUCAUAAUAAUUCCUUGCCAUGGACACUCUAACUUUUGAGGUUCGAUGUAGACCUUAACAAUCCUCACUGGUUACAAUUCUCUUCACAUUGGUUCCAUUAAAUUGUGAGGCAGCCUUAAAUCAAAAGCGAUUGCGAAACGCAUGGUUCCUGGCUAAAAGAUGCUUUCACGAUAACCAUUGUGCGCCCUUCAUUCUUUUUUGGUUCUCCACUAUACACAUUAUCUUCUUCCGUCGUUUUAAACUCUUCACUUUCUUCUCGCACUUACUUGUUUUGCUCUUUAGAGAAACGAUCCCCUAAAAGUAACGAAAGCCGAAAUGUCCAGCAGCUUGCAUGCGCCAUUUUGAAAUGUGCGAAUUCGCUUAUUUCAACUUUAUGUAAACCUGCACGAAAUGUCACUUGUGCCCCAUAUUUCACCGCAUUUAUUGAACAUAAACAUUGGAUCAAAGUAAUAACUUGUUUGUCUCUUUCAUAAAACACAUCCCAUUCAAACUAAUUCUGUAUCUUUUCAUCAACCUAGAUAUAUAAAAAGAGAGUGUACAUGUUUGUCUCGUUCUUAAAAAAUGUGUCCCAUUGUUGCUUUAUGAGGUGGGGCCAGAAAUUUUGAAAAUGUAUUGUUUUUUUGCGCUGAGACCACCAAACCAAUUCUCAGUACAAUAUGUUUUCCAUUAAAUUGCUAAUGCUAAUGCUCGUCGAAACACGUCACCCGGCCUUUUUACCUUCUAUUUUAACAAUUGCCUGAGAGUCCCUGUGAACGACAUUAAUCGUUUUGCUUACAUAGAGUGACCACCAAAGUCGGCUAGGAAUGACACUAAUCGUUUCCACUUACAUAAAGUAGUUAUCCAAAAUCGACUAUUUCAACAUGGCCGCCGCGUCUAUAUAACAACUACUAAACCUUACACGUUCAUGUUCUGUGAAACUGCAAUGAACCAGCUCGUUUAUAUAUACUUGUACGAUUGAACGCCAUUAUAACAAACAGGAUGGAUAUACAAGGCAAUACGGACCAUCUAAUUAUCUGAAUGCGUAGCCAAGAAUCAACCUGGAUUCCUCAUAACAUAUAAUGUUGAACUGUCGCUAUUCAAACAAUGCCUACAAGCCUGGAAAAUUAAGGAUACCUAUCUUGGAGUUUUUGGUAAGAAAGUUGCCAUGAACAUUACGAAGAUUACCAUUUACUGAUAAUCGAAUACAACUCGUUGGCCAUUCGAUUUGAAUUGAGCAAGAAAUUAGUUAUAAGUGGAAAUUCCCGACCAAACACUCUUGUCUGGGACGAAUUUCAAAUCACAAGAGGUUAUCAAUUAAAGGUAAAAGUAUUAAAAACAGAUUAAUGACACUUAAGUUACAGUAGCGUUGUCAUUAUUAGUAUACAAUUAUACUAUUGGAAACAUUUUUAUAUUAAUAUGUGGUUAACUAUUUGGCAAUUAAUAGCCAUUUCAAAAGGGACCCUCUGCUAUGUCAUUUCAAUUUGUCUUGAUAAAUUAGGUAUUUCAUCGAGUAAUUGCCAUUUCUGCCAAAACACGUUUUAAGAACGAGGCCAACAUGCACUCUAAUUUUUUUUUAUUUUAUUUUGUGGCUGAUGAAAAGAUACAAGAUUAGUGCACGCCAUUUUCGCCAAAAUCGUCACUUUCCAAAGGGCCCCUUUGGCAUCUCAUUUGCAUUUUUGUUUAUAAUUUGGCGAUUUCGGCGAUUAAUCGCAUUUCCGCCAUUUUCGCCAAAUACGCCAUUUUCGCCAAUAUCGCCACUUUCCAAAGGGCCCCUUUGCCAUCGUGUUUGAAUUUUUGUUUACAGUUUGGCGUGUUUGGCGAUUAAUUGCCAUUUCUGGCAUUUUCGCCGAAAUCGCCACUUUCCAAAGGGCCCCUUUCCCAUCUCAUUUGAAUUUUUGUUGACAGUUUGGCGAUUUUGGCGAUUAAGCGCCAUUUCUGCCAUUUUCGUCAAAUACGCCAAUUUCGCUAAUAUUGCCACUUUGCAAAGGGCCCCUUUGCCAUCUCAUUUGAAUUUUUGUUUAUAGUCUGGCGAUUUUGGCGAUUAAUUGCCAUUUCUGCCAUUUUCGCCAAAUACGCCAUUUUCGCCGAAAUCGCCACUUUCCAAAGGGCCCCUCUGCCAUCUCAUUUGAAUUUUUGUUUAUAGUUUGGCGAUUUUGGCGAUUAAUUGCCAUUUCUGCCAUUUUCGCCAAAUACGCCAUUUUCGCCAAAAUCGCCACUUAGCAAAGGGCCCUUUGCCAUCUCAUUUGAAUUUUUGUUUAUAGUUUGGCGAUUUUGGCGAUUAAUUGCCAUUUCUGCCAUUUUAAGCCAAAUCGCCAUUUUCGCGAAAUUGCCACUUUCCAAAGGGCCCCUUUGCCAUCUCAUUUGAAUUUUUGUUUACAGUUUGGCGAUUUUGGCGAUUAAGCGCCAUUUCUGCCAUUUUCGCCAAAUCGCCAUUUUCGGCGAAAUCGCCACUUUCCAAAGGGCCCUUUGCCAUCUCAUUUGAAUUUUUGUUUACAGUUUGGCGAUUUUGGCGAUUAAUUGCCAUUUCUCCCAUUUUCGCCAAAUACGCCAUUUUCGCCGAAAUCGCCACUUUCCAAAGGGCCCCUUUGCCAUCUCAUUUGAAUUUUUGUUUACAGUUUGGCGAUUUUGGCGAUUAAGCGCCAUUUCUGCCAUUUUCGCCAAAUACGCCAUUUUCGCCGAAAUCGCCACUUUCCAAAGGGCCCCUUUGCCAUCUCAUUUGAAUUUUUGUUUACAGUUUGACGAUUUUGGUGAUUAAUUGCCAUUUCUGCCAUUUUCGCCAAAUACGCCAUAAUCGCCACUUUCCAAAGGGCCCCUUUGCCAUCUCAUUUGAAUUUUUGUUUAUUAUAUAGUUUGGCGAUUUUGACGAUUAAUUGCCAUUUCUGCCAUUUUCGCCAAAUACGCCAUUUUCGCCAAAAUCGCCACUUGGCAAAGGGCCCCUUUGCCAUCUCAUUUGAAUUUUUGUUUAUAGUUUGGCGAUUUUGGCGAUUAAUUGCCAUUUCUGCCAUUUUCGCCAAUGCGUGCAUUUCUGGACAAACGAUGCUUCGCUCUAGCUAAUCUGUUUAAUAAUGUCCUCUCCUUGAGAGAUGACCGGCCAUCCAGUUCACCAUGAGCUUCGCUCUUGAGCUUGUUCCAGUUAUUUUUUGACCCUGAGCAUUGUUUUUAAUGAAAUAAGUGCGACUGAUGAUGCAUAAGAAAGAAAACCUCUUCACGCGCAUCUUUAUUAUCUUUCAAAACGUUAUAAAAGGACGGAGAGGACUAAUGUAAGACAGAUCUUACACUUUGUUACUUUUUCUCUCAGGUUCAGAACUGUCAGAAAAAUAGCGCGCUGGGUGUUUUAGUUUUCGCUCGCCAGAAUCAGCCUCUAGAGGACAUGAACUGUCAAGGAUCCGAGUGCAACACCCAACUCAACAUUCCAGCUUCCAUGAUUACAUUUGAUACAGGUUUUAAAAUAAAUGGUAGCAGCCGAUCGUACGUCCGCUUUCAAAACACUCCCUCUGACGUUUUUGCAUUUGGAAUUGACGGACAAGGAAAAGUGCAAGAGACAGGCUGGUUUUUGUACCCUUCGAUGCGGUUCUUAGCCUACCAGGCGCAAUGGUGAGCAGAGAAUGACUAAAACCAUACAUCGAUAUUUAUAUGAUGUCACGUUUCCAGUUACAUUCUCGUUCCUAGAGCUGCGAUCCUUCUGGUCAGCGCUGCGACCCUCUCAACCUGGGGCGCUGACCAAAAGGAUUGCAACUCUGGGAACUAGAAUGGCCUGGAUACACGCAGUCUGCAAGUAAAGCUCUCCAAUUGUAAAUAACGAUUCGAAAGUCACGCACACGAGCCUCUCAUGAUUGACAAAUGGAAAUCUGUGAACAAUGCCUUUUGAAUAGCUUCAUUUUCAACCGUCCACGGUAUAUUUAUUGGUUUUUAAACCGUUAUUUUUUUUUCUGAGGGAUGUUUGGAUCCUCAGUUUAGGAGGUUACUCAACCUGCUAUAACCUUUUACCCAUGAACUAACCUGUUUUAUUGUGUUUUGUCUACUGCAGGUUUAACUACAAAACCAAUUUGCUUAAAAACUUAACAACACGAGAUGCUGUUGUUAUAAAUGUGUUCAACCACACAGUCAUGCAAGGAGAGAAAGGCGUUACUGCAACAGUUGAGAUACCGUCUAUUGAUGGUGAGAAGCAAACUAACAGGCAGAUUUAGAAAUGAAAACGCGACUAAAGUGACGAUGGCGCGGACAGAUCUUAAUCUGACUUGACCAUACCCUGGGUUCCAUGAGAGGUUUUUUCUCGAGUGCUGCUCGAAGAUUUGAACAGCGCGGAAACCGGAAACCGCGCAUGAAAAGUCUCUGGCGCCCAGGGUAGCCCAGUAGCAGAGCGGAAAGUUGAGCACCGGAAGUCGUGCUCAGUUUCUUCCGCGCUCUUUCUCGUUCUCAUUUCACGUUGCGUUGUCGUGCCUAUAAAAAAUAAGGGAGUUUUAGCAACGACGGCGACGGCAACGAGGACGUCAAAACAGCAAAGGUUUAUUAAGCGAAACAACAAGUUUGCACGUGCGGGAUCACGCUUUUUGUACAUUUCUUUGCCGUUACUGCACAACUGUGACGUGAAAAUGCCUAAUUUCACAUUUUAUGGAGGACGAAAACAAGCUACGACAAAAUUUUCCUUCUGUUUCUAAACUUGAGUGCGGUCCCCAAGAAAUCAGCUCCAGGGAAAUUUACCUACAUUAGACAUCAGUCAUCAAUUUUACCUUAAAAGUGAGGUGGUGGCCCCGUCCUAGACCCCUCGCCUGGGCCUGCCUCUGAUUUUUAACAAACUGUACUCUUUUCUGUUGGUUUACCGUUAUGUGAAACUUGACGAUUCGUGUAUCUCUCUCCAGAUCUCCAGCGUUACGAGCACGUGGAGCUAGACUUUUCUUUAUCGUGCCCAGGCUCUACAGACGACCCUUGUGCUCACUGGGAUCACACGGUACAGCUAUACGUUUGCUGUAACUCUGCCAGUAAAUUGUGUGGCCUGGAACUAGGCCGGUGGAUAACGCCUUUUAGAAGGUGAAUUUCGUCAGCUUCUCAUCCAAUCGACAUUUAAAACUCCCAACUCAGCCAUGGUCACUUUGGUAUGGACAUUCCCGCGUUUUGGGCAUCCCCACUCCCAAAGGCCUAGAGAUGUAACCCUAACCCUAAUCCAAUUAGCUAAGGUAAUAUGAAAAGGUGAUGCCCAUGCAUAUCACUUGGGUUUGGGAAUAAGUAUGCCCCAAACGCAGGGAUACCCAUAUCAUUGUAACACCGGUUCAUUUAAUGAAAUACAGUCGAACCUCGCUAUUUCGAACUCGGUUAAUUCGAAGUCUCCGCUAUUUCGAAGGAAGAUCGAAUGCCCUUGGAUUUACCCUUCCCCUUUACGCUUCCCCGGUUAUUUCGAAGCCCCGCUAUUUCGAACUUUUUUCCAUUUCCCUUGGGACUUCGAAAUAGCGGGGUUCGACUGUACUUGUAAAUUAAUACAUGCCCAUUUAGGGGUUCCUUAUUAUCAAGGAUAAGCACAGUCAGUUACUGCGCGGUCUUCUGUGCGGAAGGUUCCGAGUUUGAUUCCCAGGUGAGACCUUAAAUCCUUGUUUCGAUCAUUUUUUUUUUCGCUUGAACUAGGUUUACCCCACUCCAGCCGAACUAUUAGGGGAAUGGGUACAAGCUUUCGGCGUGACGAUUUCUGGGAUCGUAUGAGUGGACAAACGUUGGUUAUAAGUCGGUCUAUUUUAUUCAAGACAACUAUUAAGCAAUCAUAAGUAACAUCAUCUUCAUCAUCAUCAUCAUCAUUUUUAUUAGCCUUUUUUUUACAGCAAAUUUUACAGGAUGCAGCAGGUUGUUAGGCGAGGACUGACCUCAAGUAACCACCAGGCUUAUAAAGAAAGGCGCACCUCGACAUCACAAUAUUAUAAGAAAUAAGGGCUGCGAAGAAGUGCGGCUAAACUUAAAGAUGUAUCCGCACGGCUUCGCGACCUAGCCCACCUAACGCUUGUCAUCCCAUGUGAUUCCAAAAACUAUUCCCCUUGCAGUUUCUGGAGCGGGAAAACCAGUAAAACGGAGCACUGAUGAGGACAAGGGGGUAAAAUGAGCGCAACGUCGGUGUUAUGAGAACUGUAUGAGUUACCGAUGUAAAACAAGGACCUUUAUACCUUUGCCAUAUGCAAGGUUCCUACCAUACUUAACAUUCUCCCCAUAUAUCACUCCCGGGGUAAAUGGCAUCUUGCAGACCUUCAGAAAAUAGUUUUAUUACAUUCCUAGCCCCCGUAGCCAGGUAGCAGGCGCCGGUUAUUUGUUUUUACAGACCGGGCGAGAGGAACGCGAGAAGGGGAGACGAGGCCUCAUCUCCUUUCUCCCCUCGUGCGAUAUUUCUGAUUUCGGCCUAAAAAGCCUACCCCUGAAGCGCAGGCUAUCACAUUGCUAUUGCGUCGCUUGGUUGCUAUGAAACAGUAUAUAUCUUUUCGGCUUAAUAACGAGUAACUGUUGUACAUUUUUGAUGUUCUUAAAAAUGCAAACUUGAUAACCAUUUUGUGAAUUUUGCUUGCGUUGUCGCCUUUGGACUUCCAUAACACAAUACUCGCAAAAAUGGACUAAAUAUAUACGCUGAUUUUAUACGAUUAUUUUAUAGUUGGUUUUACUUCUUCCCUUUGCUUAACAGGCGCAUCGGACGCUGGUUAACUCCUGUGAAGCCGUUGAUACCUUUGCUUCAAACUACAGACCCCAGCUCAAAAAAUAAAUGCGUCUUCACCUUGAAAACCGCUCCAUGGGCAAUGGCUUGGGUUCCGUCUCUUAACAUCAGGCUUGUUGGAAAAGUGCAAGGUAAAAAAAUACGAAAUUACAUCUUUCUAAGUCACUGUAGUGUUCCAGGUUUUGCCCCUCUCAGAAAGAGAAAGGGGAGCCAGAACUGUAGAACAUUAGCUGCAGAUUUUAACCUUUGCUAUCGUUCCCUAUUUAUCAGGGUGGAAAUACUUUGUUAAAGGAGCGAAUAUAAUGUAAUUUUAGAUUCACAUCUAUUGAUUUGAGUCAUUCAUUUUGUGAACAGAGCAACGUUCGUCAAACAGCAGUUUACAAUUUGUUUAAUGAACUCACACAACCCCAUCAAACUUGCACAAGUGUGCAGCUUUACCGAAUUUUUCGAUCAAUUAGCUUAGGUAGUUGCCGGUCGUUUCAAUUCCAACUAUGGUCAUGCACUUUAUAACAUUCCGGCUCAAUUAGUGCUCAUUAAAGUGUAUACGUAAUGUCAAAUAAAGAGAUGUGACCUUGCUACUUGCUACAUCUCUGUUAACUGCUACUUACUAAAUCUUACUAAAUUUGUUAAUUGCCAUUUAUCUUUGCUUUCAGUGUUAAGGCAUUACACCACAUAUCAUUCAAUGGAGAAAUCACUCGCCCCUUUCCAAAUCGUUCCACUGUUUCGAGGAGGAACAUUCGACAAGCAUUACAACAGCAAGUACUCUCCCUUUCCGUUCGUUCCUCCGAGUGAAACCGAACGGGUGAAGCUUGUAGCUGUCAUAACUGGCCACGGCAGCGAUAACAACAACUGCGCUGAGUUCUGCGUCACUUCGCAUCAUUUUAUAGUUAACAAGGAACACAACUACACCCGUGUAUUCAGCAACGCAGGCACCGCCAUGGGAUGCGCAGAUCGCGUUCCUGAGGGCGUGGUCCCAAAUGAGCAUGGCACGUGGCUGUAUGGGCGCGACGGGUGGUGUGAUGGACAGGAAGUGAUUCCGUGGGUAGUGGAUAUAACUAGCGCUCUUAAGCCCUCUAACAACACCAUACGGUAUUUUGGCUGGUUUAACAACACGGAUCCUAACCCCACCCGGGACCCUGGAGAGAUCAUCAUGUAUUCUUACUUGGUUUAUUACAAGUAUCUUGAUGCAGAAACCUCAAGUGCCGAUUUACAUUAA